CUUUAGUUCAGGUUGUUUGACGUCAUUUCCGGAAGCCGUCUGGCGAAGUCUGGAACGGUUGGGUUCGGGUUUUUCGGCGUUUAAUAAACGUUAUAGGAGCAAAAAAAACACGUUUUUCUUGAAGGUAAAUUAUCUUCUCAAGCCAAGAUGUCGUACAUGCUUCCUCAUCUCCAUAACGGCUGGCAGGUGGACCAAGCCAUUUUAUCUGAAGAGGACCGGGUGCUUGUUAUACGAUUUGGCCACGACUGGGACCCUACAUGCAUGAAAAUGGAUGAAGUUUUGUACAGCAUUGCUGAAAAGGUCAAGAACUUUGCUGUGAUUUACCUUGUGGAUAUCACUGAAGUGCCAGAUUUCAACAAGAUGUAUGAAUUGUAUGACCCCUGCACAGUCAUGUUUUUCUUCAGGAACAAGCACAUCAUGAUCGACUUGGGCACUGGUAACAACAACAAGAUCAACUGGACAAUGGAGGACAAACAGGAGAUGAUAGACAUUAUUGAGACUGUUUACAGGGGAGCUCGGAAAGGAAGAGGUCUCGUGGUGUCCCCUAAAGACUAUUCAACCAAAUACAGAUAUUAACUUUACUUUAAAUAUUAUCUAGUGUAUUCAGUGACAUUACAUUUCCCUGGAUGGACACCUCACCUUCACUGGGACAGUUUGUAUAUUCAUGUGUAUACAGAAGUGACCUACUCUUGUAUUAAAAACUUUUUUUAUUAUUAUUAUUUAAGAAUUUUCCUUUAUUGCAUCAAUGAUCAGGAAAUUGUGACUUUUUUUUUUUUUUUAAUAAAUGUUUUACAAGACUGUUUGGUCUUUUUCUGAAUUUUGUGCAUUGUGAGUAAGAAAAAGAAACUCCACUGCUCAUGUUUACACAGCACAUUUAGAAAUGUCACAUUAAGUAUAUUAUCUUCUUACAGCUUGGUUAAAUCAGACAGCUGUCCAGUCGAGAGAAUUGUAUGUGUUCUUGUUAAUAGGCUGACAAUUAUUUAUCAUUUUCCGAUUGUGUCUUCAGUAUGAGGAGGAAUAAAACAGGAAAAUCUUCAUGGCAA